AUAAUGGGGAAUGGUUGUUCUGAUUAAAGAGAAAUGACAUAAAAAUCUAUAUCAAUUAGACAAGACUCAUUUCCAUAAACAAAAUAAAGUGAUUUUGUUCAGAUAAGCUGUUUUGCUCCAUCAAGCCAAUUAACCUAAGCAGAAACACCUCAUGCCUUACUCCCAUCUCCAUCAAGAUAAAGUAUUUCAUUUGAGAAUACAAUAACUUCAAAAGUAAGAGUACCAUCAGAAGAGAGUUUGUUUUAACAAUAAUUCACUUAAAUUAUUGAAAAUAACACAAUCAUAACAUAAAAGAGCAAAAAACCGAUUAAUUCAUAGAUUUAAUAAAAGAAAAAAGAGAAAAAAAACAAACAGGCAAGUCAAGAAAUAAUACCCAAACACCGCUCUUUUAGUCCUAAAAAAGAAAAGAAAUAAUAGAUAUCUCCGCAAAAAAAUAUUAAUUAGUCAUCAAAAAAUCAAAAUAAUACAAUUAGAAAUAAAUCCUCCUCAUUUCAAAAAAAAAAUGUAAAUUAAACAAAUGAAAUUGUAAUUAUUUCAAGAAGAAAAUUUUCAGAUCUGCCUCUAAAAUCAGAGGUUGCUUAAUCUAAAGGAAAGAUUAGUAAUACAAAUGAUGAACAUAAUGUUUAGGUGAGUUGGGAUAAUAUAUCUAAAGUAAAAUCAUUUAGCCCUAGUCCAAUUUUAAAUAGAAAAGCUUCUGAUAAUGAAACAGUCACUUUAAAGAAAAAGAAGGUUCGAUUUCAUGAUUAAGAUAAUAUUAGAUAUGGUUUUGCAAAUUGAAAAGGUUUGGAAAAGAUGAAUAAAUAAUAAUAUGAUUUUAUGAUCUAAUUUUAAUUUAAAUAAUGC